UCCAUCAGCCCCUGGUACAGAAAGAGAUCCAGAAGCUCACGCAUGGAGGACAUGGACAUUGGUAUCGUCUGUGACGAGGGUUCCCCAGGAUCAAUAGCGUCAAGGACAGGAACGCCUGUGCCCAAUGAUAAUGACUACCUGAUAGUGAUUCCUUAUGCUCACAUCUUUGGCCUCAUGCUGCAAGCUCUAAAGCUGCCCCCUGCAACUUACCAGCACAAAAUAUACCCAGGCGGAAAGAAUCAUGUGAUAGUGACUUUCAUUUCUACUUUGGAAUUGCUAGAUGGUUCACUUGUCCCGAGUUCUAUACCAGGUGCAAUCUUAGAUAGCUAUGAAGAUGCAGAAGACCGUGCUACUAUGGAGGCUAUUAGAUUCAUGGAGAAUGCAUAUGGCAAAGAAAUGAGGGGCUACCACUACACCCAUGUCAAGAGGCUAGAAAAUCAAGUGACGCACCUGGUCAAAUGGUUGACUUCAUCCAAUGAGACAAUCAAGAAGCUGCGCAAAACAUGCUACUACGCUGUCAGGUACAUGAACUCAUAUUCUGCCCAGAUAGAAAACACAAUAGCUGCUCGCCACCUGAAAGGUCAGGACAACACCAAAGGAGUUAUGAAAACAGCUCUUGCAAGCAUCGAAGGACCGACGCAAAGGCUACGCUACAUUGCUAUGAAGUUUGAGCAGUGCCUUGAAGCAACCAGAAACAGUUUCUGGUAAACUUUGCUGAAUGUAUCCUGGAUAGCGUGCUUCAUCGGUUACCGCAACAACCACCUUUUGUUUCAUAUCUAUCAGACCAGCAUCUUUCCCAUUUUGGACUACUCCCAACAAGAUAUGUAUAGACUUUAGUCCUCCCUUGC